AUGAAGAAGAAAGCAAGGCGCUCGCAAGAAGUUCUUGACGCUGGCAAAAUGCUGGACCCGCGUUGCGUUUUGUGCCUAAGCGCCGAGGAUGAUGCCGCCUUGUUUGGGGACAAAAUCACCCUGCAGGAUGACAAAAUCGCUGUGCACUACUUUUGCUUGUUAACGUCGUGCGGUGUUUACCAGCGAGGCAAAGACAGCGAAGGCAUCUUCGGCUUCCUGGUGAAAGACAUCAAGCAGGAGAGUCGACGAUCUGCGCGAUUGACGUGCUGCGUAUGCAAGAAGAAGGGCGCCUGCGUGGGCUGCUACGUGAAAAGCUGCAGAAAGAUGGUCCACUUCCCGUGCGGACGCAAGAACGGCUUUGUGUCGCAGUUCGCCGAAAACUUCCCGUCUUACUGUCCCGACCACAGUCCGUUCCAGUCACUCGGCGUCAACGCUGACCUGAGCCUGCCUCAAUCCUGCUCAGUGUGCUUGGACGCCGUUGACGGGAACCUGUCCUACGCCGUCCUUAAGUGUCCGUCCUGUCACGCUAGCUGGUUCCACCGAGACUGCGUGCAGCGACAAGCGCACAGCGCCGGACUCUUCUUCUUCAGAUGCACUUUGUGUAACAACAAGGACGAGUACCAGCAAGAGAUGCUGCGCAUGGGAAUAUACAUCCCCGAGAGAGAUGCAUCAUGGGAGUUGGAGACCAACGCGUACGCCGACCUGCUGGAGGUUUACAUGCACUGCGACGCCCACGAGUGCCUCUGCGUCAAUGGACGUGCGCACUCUGCCAAGACCGGGUGGUUCCAGGCCAUCCGCUGUCUGCUAUGCGGAUCCAGAGGAACGCACAGGAAAUGUUCUGGACUCAAAGUGGACACCAAUGACUGGGCCUGUCCAGAAUGUACAAAGUGCACUGACGGAAAAGCAUCCCUGGUGGCAUCUCCUCAAGCUGCGCCGAGGAGAGCUCUUGCAUCCAAGCGUCUGCUCCCUGCUACCCCGCUGCCCCUUACCUGCAAAAAACCGUCCUUAUCCUUGGCGUCUCCAGAAGAGCUCCUGCAGGCGUUAACGCCCGUGGCUCAAUUAGCCGAGCUGCUGGUAGAAGUGGUUGACGACCAGGUGCUCCCGGCAGCUCUUGAGCUGGUCAGGCGGCCCGACUUCGACCCCUCGUUACGGCUGUCAUUCAGGUAUGUCACCCGUUGGCAGAGUCUUUUUCCUAUAUCCGACAAUGCGGCCAGAGAGAAGUUCUUCACGUUGAUGACGGAGCAGAUUCAAGAAUCGGACGUGUUCGAAGGACCGCCCGGGUGUAAAAACCUCGCCCUUCUCCCUCAAGCGUUACGCAAUGACUCGUAUUUCGACGUGGGCUGUCUGCUGUCGCUGUCACUGGUGUGUGGUGGUCCGGCGGUGGGCUUCUUCUCACGGGCGCUCUACCAAUGUCUGUUCAACUUCCCGGCCAACCAGCCAUUGGACAUCACGCACUUGACGCAGCACACAAGAAUUGCCGCCUACGUCAAAGCAAUCGCAAUGGCGGAGUCUUUGGAAGAGCUGAGAGACGCAGCGUCGCUCGGCGAGGACUUCCUGGAAGCGGCGGGUUGCAAGCGGCCAAUCGGGAGCUUGAAAGAGAGAGACAAGCUGGUGGAGGAUUUGGUCGGCUUCGCACUGAUUACCAGGAUGCAGCUCCCUCUCCGCAGGUUUCGAGAAGGCCUGCAGACGCUCGGAGUCUUCAAUCAGGUGCAGCUGUUUCCGUCGGUGUUCCGUGACGUGUUCUGCGAGGCGGAUGUGGUGUCAGCGGAGAGGCUGGACAGACUUUUCACGGUGGAGGUGUCGCACGACCAACGACACCUUAGCACGGAGAGCUGCCUGGUGUCCUUCUGGAGGCGCUUCCUGUCGGAGACCGAAGUGGGCCACAGCUCCGUCUCCCUGCAGGACCUCCUCCUCUUCGCCACAGGAUCAUCAAUACUGCCGGCCGCCGGGCUCCUGCCGACUCCCACCAUUUCCUUCCUCCGCCCUCGGGACGGAGUCGAAAGCGACGACGACGAUAAUGAUGAAGCGGAGCAGCUGCGGCGGGAGGAGGGUCUCUUCCCGCAGAGCGAGCCCGAGUCCAACCGGCUUCUGCUGCCUGUCAUCUCCUCCUCCUAUUGGGCUUUCAAACGCGCCAUGGAGCAGGCCAUCAGCCACCGCGUGCUUCUCCUGCCUGGCAACGCAGCACACCAAUACUAA